CUCAAACCUCAUCCCUAAAAUCCAAAAACUGAACUAAACUAAACAAAUGAACGUUGUACACACUGAACUGAACUAAACUAAACGCAACUUAACCGGUAAGAGAUAACUGUCACGUACUAAAGAUUUGUUAUGAAAAUAUUUAAUUAAUUUAUUAUUACAAACUUAAGAGGUGCUAAAUAUUUCUUAAUUUGUUGCUUUGAAUUUUCACUCGCGGUACAAUUUCGUUCCGAAAUUUAUUAAUUGAAAUGGACUUCAAUUAGUUGACAGUUUUAUAGAUUGUAUAGUCUACAUUGUUAUUAACAAGAAGGAUGAUGGGAGGAAAUAAGGCUCAGCAGCAAGUACAACAACCUCAAACAAACAACAUCGACACUAACGGUCAGCAGCAGCAGGGGAAUGGUGAGUCAGAGGCUCAGACACCUGCGGCCCCACUCUUUUGUAUCCGCCAUGGCUGUCAAAACCCUGCCAUCACGAAUCCCGAGUGGGAAGACGAGUAUUGUAGCAACGAGUGCGUUGUCACACAUUGCAGAGAUGUGUUCAACUCUUGGGUAACGUCUAACCAGAAUGGUCCGCAAACGUGAAGUGGUUGGAGUCACUUGCUUGUAAAUAUGAGUCUAUUCUACAAGGAUAGAUGCUGAAAUGUCUACAGUAAUCGAGGAUUUACUACCUGCGGAUUGCUAUCUCCAGUUGGUGUAUACGUGAUAGUAUAUUUUAUUUUACAAGUUAUUUUUAUAUGAACUUAAUCAUGAUUUUACUAAUGUGAAAAUUGUAUCCUUAUUGAUAUAAUUAUAAAUAUUAAUGUAUAGUAUA